AUGCAGGCGCUGCUCUACACCUCUGUCCUGCUCAGUGAGCUGGCACAGUCCUGCUGCUGGGCCCAGGGUGUUGGGCCAGCAGACAUGGCACUUGGAGGCACACCUGGAGAAGCAGUCGAGGUGCAUCAGCGGAAGCAGUUUUGUCACUGGCCAUGCAAAUGCCCAGCUCCGAGGCCCAGCUGCCCUCCCGGAGUGAGCUUGGUGAGGGAUGGCUGCGGGUGCUGCAAAACCUGUGCCAAGCAACCGGGGGACAUCUGCACUGAAGUGGAUGUGUGUGACCCGCACAAGGGGCUGUACUGUGACUACUCGGCUGACAGACCUAGGUACGAGACCGGAGUGUGUGCACACCUUGUAGCUGUGGGAUGUGAGCUGAACAGGGUCCAUUAUCGGAAUGGCCAAGUAUUUCAGCCCAACCCCCUGUUUAGCUGCCUGUGUGUGAGUGGGGCCAUCGGAUGCACUCCUCUAUUCAUCCCACAGUUGGCUAACCAACUCUGCUCUGGAGCCGCCGGUGGAAAGGAGUCCGACCGGUCCCGCUGUGGCCUGAGAUCCUUACAGCAGGAGCUCUCAGCAAGCUACGCAACCAUGCCAGCUUAUAAGAACCUCCCACUUUCUUGGAAACGAAAAUGUCUUGUGCAAGCGACAAAGUGGACUCCUUGCUCCAGAACAUGUGGGAUGGGAAUAUCUAAUAGGGUAACCAACGAAAACAGCAAUUGUGAAAUGAAAAAAGAGAGAAGAUUGUGUUAUAUUCGGCCUUGUGGCAGAAACACAUUACAAACCAUAAAGAUUCCCAAAGGAAAGACCUGUCAACCUACAUUCCAACUCUCCAAAGCUGAAAAAUUUGUUUUUUCUGGAUGCUCUAGCACGCGGAGCUACAAACCCAUUUUUUGUGGAAUAUGUUUGGAUAAAAGAUGCUGCAUCCCUAAUAAGUCUAAAAUGAUAACUAUUCAAUUUGAGUGCCCAAAUGAAGGGUCAUUUAAGUGGGAGAUGUUGUGGAUUACAUCUUGUGUGUGUCAGAGAAACUGUAGAGAACCUGGGGAUGUAUUUUCUGAGCUCAGGAUUCUAUAG